AUGAGAAACUUGGUGGUCCUAAAUAGAGGGUCGAUAGCCCCGGAGUCUAGGACUUAUCCUGACCUUUCCCUUGCGGAUACUGUUUUCGAUCCCGUUUCCGAUACUAUUACUUUUGCAUUAACUUCUGCCGAAUCCGGUACCAUUGAAGUUCAACAAUUUAUGAAAACCGGUCAAGUCAAUGUUUUAGCAAGCUUCACCAUCUCAAACCCUGAAAGUAAAAUACUUUCGUUUUCCCACUUUGUUGACUCCUGUCAAUUGAUUUUCGUCUUGGAUAAUGGUGAUAUUAUUACCGCAACGUAUGAUCCUUCUCAAGUAGAAUUUGAUUUUGAUACUACCACCAUUGAAAUCGUUGGAUCUAUCGAUGUGGGGUUACAAGCAGCUAGUUGGUCUCCGGACGAAGAAACCUUGGCCAUCUUGACCAACGAAAAUAACUUGAUUCUAUUAUCAAGAUUAUUCGAACCAAUAAGUGAAAAGUUAUUAAACCCAGAUGAUAUUAAAAUUACCGAUUCAAAACACGUUUCUGUUGGUUGGGGUAAAAAAGAAACUCAAUUCAAAGGUAAAGGUUUCAAGGCUUUGGAAAGAGAAAAAGAAGCAAUUAAACAUGCUGGUUUGGACUUAACCGGUACCGAUGAUUCAACUCAAUUAAGAGAUCCUACCGUUGGAUUUGUCGAAAAAGGUACCAUUUCUCCCUUCGAUAAUAAUUCAGUUAAAAUAAGUUGGAGAGGAGAUUGUGAAUAUUUCUCGGUUACUACUAAAGAACCGGUUCUUGUUGAAGAUACUCAAGAUUUAUACGAUAGAAGAGUUAUUCGUGUGUUCAAUAGAGAAGGUCAAUUGGAUAGUGUUUCUGAAGCGGUUGAUGGAUUAGAACACAACUUAUCUUGGAAACCUCAGGGUUCCCUAAUCGCAUCUACUCAAAGACAUGUCGAUGAACUCGGUGAAGAUUCAUUGGAUCUUGUUUUUUACGAAAGAAAUGGUUUAAGACAUGGUGAAUUCAAUACUCGAUUGAAUCCAGAAACUGAAAAUAUUAUCAAUCUCGAAUGGUCUUCUAAUAGUGAAGUUCUCGCUUUUCAAUUACAUGAUCGUGUUCAAUUAUGGACUUCCAAGAAUUAUCAUUGGUAUUUGAAACAAGAAAUCUUUAUCACUAAUGUUGAUCCUCUUAAUCAAGUUUCUUUUAUCAAAUUCCAUCCUGAAAAACCUUUGAAUUUAAUGAUUGGUACCACUCACUCCGGUAUUCAAAUUAUUGAUUUAGCUUAUAAAAUUACUACUGGUCCUACUCAAAUAGGUGAUGAUUUGGGUAUGGUUCUUGUCACGGAUGGUUCAACCGCUAAAAUCACUCCUUUAUCAAUCGCCAAUGUCCCUCCUCCAAUCGCUUUUAGAGAAGUAGACAUUCCAGGUAAUAUUAACGAUUUAGCAGUGAGUAAAUCAAAUGAAAAAUUUGCAAUUUUAACCAGUGAGAAUGAAAUUUAUUUAGCUGAAUUAUCCAUUAGUGAAACCAAGAAACUUGGGCCUCUUAAACUCACUCAUAAAAUUGAAUCAAACUCUUUAAUUGAAAAUACUGAAUUCGCCAAGCAAGUAGCAUUCAUUAAAGAUUCUAUUAUUGCAAUUGUUUUGGACGGUCCUUCUUAUUCUAGAAUUGUCCUUUUCGAUGUCCAUGAUGAACCCAUGUUCUUGGAUUCUAUUGAAACAAGUCCAAAAAUUGUUCUUUUGAAAUCACAAGCUGAUUUUAAUGCCGUCGUUUUACAAGCUAUUGACGGUACUGUUUACCAAUUAAAUGAAACUCAUGACAUUAAAGAAAUUACUAAAUUCCCUCAAUUAUGUCGUGAUUUCGAAGUAACAUCAGCCUCUACCUCUGAUUUAAACGAUGAGUUUGCAGAAGAUCCUUCUAAUGAAUUAGUGGCCUUUGGUAUUUCUACAAAUGGUAAAUUAUUUGCAAAUGGUAAUCAAGUCGCCACUGCAGUUACCUCUUUGAAAAUUACUGAAUCUCAUCUUCUUUUCACCAACGCUCAUGCUCAAUUAUGUUUCAUUCAUUUGAAAUCAGCUACUGGAAAUUUUGAAUAUGACAUUUUCCAAAAUAAAGAUAAUGAUACUUCAACCGAUGAAAGAAUAAGACAAAUGGAAAGAGGUUCUAUCUUAAUUUCUACGAUGCCUUCAAAAUACUCAGUUGUUUUAGAAGCUCCUAGAGGUAACUUGGAAACUAUUUGCCCAAGAAUUAUGGUUCUUUCUGCCGUUCGUAAGUUUAUUGAAAGUAAAGAUUAUAAAGAUGCCUUUUUAGCUUGUCGUACUCACAGAAUUGACUUGGAUAUUUUACAUGAUUAUGAUCCUCAAUUAUUCACCUCCAACGUUGAGUUGUUUGUCAACCAAAUUAAAAAAGUCGAACAUUUGGAUUUAUUCGUUUCCUGUUUACAUGAAGAAGAUGUUGCCCAAACUAAAUACAAAGACACUAUCAAGGAAACAAGCAUUAAUGAUGGUUUGGCUAGAUUGGACAUCAAUGAAACUCCUCAAGAACAAGUAAAUGAAAUUCAUGUUAUGAAUGCUCCUAGAAAAAUCACUUUCAAAGAAGAUAACAAACGUUUUGAAAACUCGAAGGUUAAUAAGAUUUGUGAUGCUAUUCUCGCAGUGCUUUUGAAACCAGAAUAUUCUAAACCUUAUUUACAAACUAUCAUUACUGCUUACGCUUGUCAGAAACCACCAAAUUUAAAAGAAGCUUUGAAAUUAGUUGGUGGUUUCGAAAACCAUGAAGAAGUUGAACAAGCUGUCACUCAUCUUUGUUUCUUACAAGAUGUCAACAAAUUGUACAAUACUGCACUUGGGUUAUAUGAUAUAAAGUUGGCAUUAUCAGUCGCCCAGCAAUCCCAAAAGGAUCCAAAAGAAUACUUGCCUUUCUUACAAAACUUGCAUAUUCAACCACAAUUAAGAAAACAAUUCUUAGUUGAUGACUAUUUGAAGAAUUAUGAGCGAGCCUUGAAUUGGUUACAUGAAUUAGGAGAAGAAUGCUUCGAAGAAUUUGACGAUUACGUUAUCGAUCAUGAUUUGUAUAAACAUGCUUUGGGUAUUUACAGAUAUGACAACAAAAGAUCAAGAGAUAUAUUGGGUCUUCAUGCUCAAUACUUGCACAAUAAUCAUAACUAUAAUGAAUCUGGUUUGGCAUAUGAAUACUUGGGUGAUUUCACUAAUGCUUUAGAAAACUAUAUCAUGGGUAAAAAAUGGAAAGAAGCUAUGGCUAUCGUUCAGCAAUCAGAAUAUUCCGAAAAAUUGAUCGAGUCUGCAGAAAGAUUGGUAUCAUCAUUAACCGAUGAACAUAAAUAUGCCGCUGCAGCUGAAAUUGAAUUCCAUUUCUUGGGUAAUAUCGAGGAAGCAGUCAAGUUAUACUGUAAAAACUAUUAUUAUGAAGAUGCAAUUUUACUUGCCUGGAAAGAAAAUAGAUCCGAACUCGUCAAAGAUAUCGUUGAUGUGCAACUUGGUGAAGGUUUUGGUACAAUUGCCGAACUAUUAGCUGAUUGUAAAGGUCAAAUGACUUCACAAUUGAGAAGAUUAAGGGAAUUGAGAGCUAAAAAACAAGAAGACCCAUAUGCAUUCUAUGGGGUUCCAAACGAUGAAUUAGAUACUCCUGAUAAUGUUUCUGUUGCAGCUUCUGAAACUUCUACCACACCUUCUUUCUUUACUAGAUACACUGGUAAGACUUCAGGUACUGCAAAGACUGGGGCUUCCAGAAGAACAGCAAAGAAUCGUAAGAGAGAAGAAAGAAAGAAAGCUAAGGGUAGAAAAGGUACAAUCUACGAAGAAGAGUAUCUUAUCAGAUCUGUUGGUCGUUUACUUGAAAGAUUGGACCAAACCCAACCGGAUGCUAUUAGAUUGAUCGAAGCUUUGAUAAGAAGACAAAUGAAGGAACAAGCUUAUCAAGUCCAAAAGAAUUGGGUCGAUCUUAUUGAUUUUAUCAAGGAAAACAUUGUUGAAAUUCAUAAUAUGAGUGAAAGGGACAGAGAAAGAAUCGAUGAUAAUGGUGAACUUUACUUGAUUCCUGAAAUCCCUGUUCCUACUAUUAAUGAGUUCCCAAAGAAAACUAUUUUGGAUUUUUAAUGUUUUCUUUCUAUCUCUUGC